CGUCACGCCAGUCACUGUCUUGCGCCACACGAUUGUUUUUCCGGUUUCCCGGGAAUGACGUGUGCUAGUGAACGGGCGCUUGGCUUGUAGCACAAGGGAACUAAUAGCGCUUUCGGUUUUUAUACUAAACAUGGCUGCCGUGCAGUCCGGGGAUAUGGCCUACUUGUCUACUGAAAGACCUUCCCAGACGCUGUCAUGGGCUAGCAAAGUGAAGCAACCUCCAAAAAAUGUAAUCUUUUCACCUACCUCAAUAAAAACUACCUUCUCUGCACAGAGUAAGCCCAAGGAUCUAACGUUACAAGGUUACAAUAAGCUGUCACCAACACCAAAACACAUAGCAACAGAAGAAGAAAGUGAAAAAGUUGUAGCAAAGAAAAAAAGAAAGCGAAAAAAGAAAAAUAACAGUGAAGUGCCAGAAACUGUGAAGACCACAAAUGAGAACAUUGUCUAUCAAGAGCCUCCAAAAUUUCAGGAUGAUGAAGAAUAUGAUGAAGAAUUCCCGGAUCUAAUCUCCUCCUCUGCAGGUGUUAAGUGUGAAAAUAAAGGCAACUAUAGCUACAGCUGGGGACCUAGAGGGUCAGCGGAGGCAGAUAAAAAGCAAAAGAAUGGUGGCAAAAAGAGCAAGAAACCAGUGCAGCUGGAUUUAGGAGGCAUGCUGACUGCACUGGAACAGAGACAAACUACAGAGAAAAGCAAGCAGAUCACCAAACCAAUAGUCUUAUCUGUCGGAAGCAGUGUCCCUGUGAAACCCAGAGAACCAGCAAAUGUAGGAAAAACCCCACAAUCAAAACAGAGUUUGGCACCUCACAACCCCCUUGAUUCCAGUGCUCCGCUUGUCAAGAAAGGAAAGCAAAGAGAGGUGCCCAAAGCGAAAAAACCUACAUCACUUAAAAAGAUCAUUUUGAAAGAACGGGAACAACGCAAACAGCAAAACUUAUCGCAUUCCCCUGAAGCAAUUCAGCCAGUGAUAUUUUCUCCAGAUAGCACACAUCCUACUGGAGAAAGCCAAGUCCUAGUGGAACAGCAUCCACCUUCUCCCGAUCAUAAUGAUAUAGAAGAGGGAACAGAAUCGGCUGACACCUCUGCAUUUCCUCUUGAUGAACCAUCUCCUCAUGUUACUGAUGCCACAGAAAUUUCUGUUCCUGUUUCUCAACCAAGUUCCAACCUCCCCAAAAUUCAUAGUAGGCGAUUCCGGGAGUACUGUAGUCAGGUCCUCAGCAAAGAAGUGGAUACUUGUGUGACCGAACUACUUAAGGAGCUUGUGCGUUUCCAAGAUCGUUUGUAUCUUAAAGAUCCAGUUAAGGCAAAAACCAAAAGGCGUCUGGUGAUGGGGUUACGGGAGGUGCUAAAACAUUUGAAACUUAAGAAACUAAAAUGUGUGAUCAUUUCUCCAAACUGUGAAAAGAUACAGUCUAAAGGGGGUUUGGAUGACACUCUACAAACAAUCAUUAACUGUGCCUGUGAACAGAAUGUCCCCUUUGUGUUUGCUCUUAAUCGUAAAGCUUUGGGCCGUUGUGUGAACAAAGCUGUGCCUGUUAGCGUGGUUGGCAUAUUCAGCUAUGAUGGAGCUCAGGAUAAUUUUCACACAUUAAAUGAUCUUACAAUGAAGGCUAGACAAGACUAUAAGGACAUGAUUAACUCUCUACAAAAUCAACAUAAAGAUGAUGUGGAAGAAGAGAAUGAUGAGAAAACUGUCCAAGAAGACAGCCAGCAAGAAUCUUUGGAAGUUUCUACAGAAUCUGCUUUAGAAAUUCCAGAUGAGCCAAACUACAUUAAAGUAUGGAAACGAAUGCUAGAAGAGAAAUACACCCCAUAUGCCAUAAGUCUUGAAGACUCUGUCACAAAUGACAUGUAUAAUUUUCAUCUUUGACAGCUGGGAUUUCAGUAACUGGAACAAUUCUCACCUGAGAGCUAAGGAGAAUGUAAAUCUAAAAUACAAAUGCCUAUGGGCCACUUACUGGGAACAGGUAUUGGCCAUGACCCCCUGUGAUCUUCCUGAGGCAAGAGCUUGAUAUGUCUCGGCUUUUGACAAGUAGAGGACUCCUACCUCUAUAAGGUAAACUUGCCCUCAAUCAGGCAUAUAGAAGCAGACUACCAAUUUGACUUUCAGUGGAGCUGUGGAGACUUUACAUUUUUCAACUGUAAUUUUACUGGAUUUCACCAGUAGCUAAGGAGGAAUGUACUUCAUCUUCUGUGUCUCCAAAGCUUGUGUUCAAUACCACUGACCAGAAGGAGAGAGGAGCUGCAAAUUCAUCUGUCAAUCAUUAUGCAUGAAGAAAUGGGAGUACAAGAUCCUAAAAUACAGGAAUAGCCACUGUGUAUAGAUUACCAACUACCAGAGCCUGGGCUGUGUAUUGUAAGGAACACUGCAGGUUCAGUCAUGUUAAAAACAGCCAUCAUUUAUCCAUAAAGGAAAGCUAAUCCAAUCCAAUUUUCACUUUAGACAGAUUUUUUAACGAACUAUCUUUUUCAUAUACAGUACUUUACGAGGUUUGUAGGUGUGAUAACUAACAUAUGCAAACACUGUUAGACUGUGUUCUUUAGGACUAUUAUUGUUAAGGCACUGAAUUUCAGAUUAAUGGAAUGUUUCUUUAAUUUACAUUAUAGAACCACAAAAGACAAUAAUAACUAAUUAAAAAGUAAAAGGAAA